AUGCGGAACUUGGCCUUGAUUUUUCUUUUUGCUGGUCUUGCAGCAGCUGGUUUGAUGAUCCAAGAUUCAAGGGUGCCAAAAGAUGCAAAAUUGAAUCGAUAUUAUAUGACCAAAACAAUAUGGAGUUUUGUGAAAAACCCCGAUCCCGAGGUUCGUGCAUUGUCUUGUGGCCUUUGCACAGUUCUCAUUGAUACCAUUCAAGUAAUGAUCAAAUCCAACAAUACUGAUGAGGAAAUAUUUGGAGUUAUUGAAGGUAUUUGCCGAAGUCUUAACGUCGAACAGCCGCAUGUUUGCAAUUCGAUCGUUGAAAUGUUUGGGCCAGAAAUCAUCUUCGUCCUGCAAAGAGCCAUUUUCACACCUGAUGAAAUCUGCGGAGCCUUUAUUGAUGAUUGUGGCCAAUCAGAGAACCCAUUGCAAGAGUUGUGGAACAUGACAAUCCCAGGCAAUAAACCAACUGUUAAACCAUGGCCAAAGCCACAAGCCAACAAACCAACAAUGAGAGUUCUCCAUCUUUCCGAUAUUCACAUUGAUCGAUGGUACGCGGUUGGAGAAGAUUCUGAUUGCAAUAAUGGAAAGGGAAUCGAUGCUUUCGGAACAUAUGCCUUAUGUUGUCGUGUUUACCCUCCAACAGUCAAUGAUCGAGAGAAAAAGGCUGCCAAAUCUCCAGCCGGUCCUUGGGGAGCCACAGCCAAAUGUGAUCUCCCAUUCCAAACAUAUGUCAGCGCUAUGAAGCAUAUCAAUCAAACGGAAAAGCUUGAUUACAUCAUUGUGACUGGUGAUUUCGAAGCGCACGACAUGUGGGAUUACACAAAAGAUCGAACGAAAGCCAAUAUCGAGAAUAUCACCGCCGUUUUGAGAGAAUUCUUCCCGCACACACCAAUCUAUCAAGCAAUCGGGAAUCAUGAAGGAGUGCCGAUGGAUGGCAUGCCAGCCCAUUCAAUGGAUGGCUAUGAGACGCACAGUCCAGAAUGGUUGUAUGAAGAGUUGGCAAACACAUGGGCACCUGAUCUCACUCCACAAGCUGUUCAAGAUGUUCGAUACCGAGCCUCUUACGCUGUCUACAUCAAGCAAAACCUUAAGCUGAUCUCCAUCAAUUCUGUCUACUGUUCAACAUGGAAUUUCUUCAUGUUCUUGGAUCAAGUUGAUCCAGACGGGACACUUCAAUGGCUGAUCGAGCAACUCUUGGAUUCAGAACAGAAAGGAGAAAAGGUUCACAUCAUUUCACAUAUCCCAACUGGAGUCAAUUAUUGCUUGAAGGGAUGGGCUUUCAACUACUAUGCGAUUAUCAAUAGAUUCGAGAACACGAUCUCUGCUCAAUUCAUGGGACACACGCACAACGAUCAUUUUCAGGUUUUCUAUGAGAACGGUAACCCGUCCGGUCGAGCCACUCAUUUCAAUUUCAUCGCCGGCUCGCUUACCACCUAUGAUUUCAUGAAUCCAUCCUACAGAAUCUACACAAUUGAUGGAGCUUAUUCUGGGAGUACAUACGUUGUCACCGAUGCUGACACUUAUUGGGGUGAUGUGAAUGAGGCAAACGAGAAAAAUCAGGAGCCAAACUGGCAAUUGGGAUAUAAUACAAAGAAAGAAUAUCAAAUGCACGAUUUGUCGCCGGAAAGCUGGAAUUCGUUGAUUAAACGAUUCGAAAAGGAUUCACUUCUUUUCCAGAAAUUUCACACUCACUACUACCGAAACAAAGACUACAAAAAGCUGUGUCCAUUCGAGGACAAAUGCAGAGCUGAAUUCACAUGUGCAAUGAGAUCCGCUCGAUCGUAUGAUGACAAGAAUUUCUGCCCAUCGAAUACGAAA